AAUAUGGUCUUCUAAUUUCUGCUUUUUAAACCUUAGCUUUUUACCAGGGGGAGAAAGUUUAACAUUUCCACCCCUGUUCAUGCUUCUGAUCUGUUUAAAUGUCACUUCCUCAGAACCCCAAUGUGAGUUAAUCCCUGUUUUCUUAAUUUGAGUUUUCAGAAUUUGUCAUACAUUUGUUUGUUUCUUUAUUGAUUUCUUAGUCCACUGUUCUGUGGACUUAGCACAGUACCUGCAUCUUGUAAGUGCACAAUAUUUCUGGGUUAAUGAAUGACUUGAAAUUGGGUAAAUUUUAUCUACGGCACAUCACUCAAAUCCUUUCACAUGCUUCAGUUUCCACCACAAUGUUUUUGUUGCAGGGUACGUACCAUCAGUUCUUCCUAAACUUGUCUCACUUCUUCCCAUCCCGUCUCCAUGCAUCUGUUCCCAUCAUUCAUUUUCCAGAGAGCAGCUAGACUGUUGAAAAACAAAACUCUAUACUACAUUCCAUUUUGAAAUAGUUAAGUAUCUUCCCUUAGAGUAAAUAAAGUCCAAAAUACCGAAUCAGGCCUUCAGGGCUUUGGAGGAUCUUACUCUGCUUCCCCCUUUCGUGGAUCUCCCCGCUGGCUGCAGGUGUUUUGAGGUGCUUUCUGUCUCAGCAUUACACUUUCCCCUGUGUCUUCUGUACAUGUUGUUCCUUCACCCGGCAGGAACCCUAUCAUGACUGAUCAAUUAUUAACACUCGACUAGCCAGUUAGCCAGUGUCACCAACCAGUUAAGCCAAGGAAGAACAUGUAACGCUACUUAACAAAUACAUGCAAAUAAAAUAAGUGAGAAAAUGGAUGCCAGUCGUUUAAAUUACCAAGAAUGUAUUUUGAAGAGGAUUUUAAGAAGUGAAAUAAGUGCUCGUGAAGCAGUCAAGAUACUCAUUUCCAUAGAGAUACUCUUUCCAAAAACAAGCCAAUUUUGUGGCUUAAUUUUUCUUCAGAAUAUUGUUUUAUUUCUUUUGAAUGUAUGAGUUUUUAGUGUCUUUCUCACUUUCUGUGGGAUGGCUGGAUUUUGAAUUAGAUAAUUUUGAAGCAGAUCCCAGCCAUCACACCAUUUCACCUACAAACAAGUAUUUAAAAUAUCUCUAAAAAUUAAUUCCUUUAUUUUUAAACAUAACUGCAAUUUUAUCAUAUCUGACAUAAGUAAAAUCAGUGUUCAGGUAUCUCCUAAAUUGUCUCAUAAAUGUUGACCAACCGGUUUGAAUCAGGAUCCAAAUAUGUCCCAUGCAUUGUGAAUCCUUGAUAAUUCUGUUAAAUUUCUUUUAUUCAGUAAGUGCUCCCUUGGAGAUAUUUUGUUGAAUGGCUGGCUAUUGUCCUUGUUGAGUACCCACAGUCUGGCUUUGUAGGCUGCAUUAUCAUAUUCUCACCUAGAAACCAUUCCUUUUCCCUGUAAAUUCCGUAGUUUGUUCGUUAUUUCUAGUAAAUAGAUUAAGACUUUUUCCUCUUAGAUAAUUUUAUUACUAAAAGUAUUAAACAUACACAAAAGUAGAGACAAAAGUAUGAAACUCCAUGUACCCAUCCCCCAGCUUCAAUAAUUACUAAAUCAUGGCCCAUGUUGUUUCAUCCAUACUCCGACUCGCUGCAGAUAAUUUAGAAACAGACUCUAGGCAUCAGGUGUAUAUCUAAUGACUUAAAAAAAAUCACAGCAGCAUAGCUACAACUAAAAUUUUAUCAUAAUGUAAAGUCAGUCACUGCUAAGAUUACUGCAAUUGCCUUAUAAUUGUUUUCCAGUUCAUUUGAAUUGAGUCAAAAGUUAAUAAAAUGUAACUGCUUGUUAGGUUAUGAAGUUUAAAAUUGCGUGUUUUAAAAUUAAUCUUUUUAAAAUUGUGCAAAAAUAUUUACAUGACUAGGCUCAAAUCUACAAAACAUGGUACUGUAUACACAAAGACGUUCUACCUUUUGUUCAUUAGUUUCCAUUCUGAAUCCUUUCCUGCCUUUAGAGAUGAUUUUUUUAAAAAAUUUAAAUUUAAAUUGUAUGGUUUCUCCUUCCACAUGCUUGGUGCCGGUCACCCCUCCCCUCCGCCCGUACUCUGGACUUUUCUCCACCCUGGCACCUCUCCUGAGAGCUCACUCAGAACGGCCUUCCUCGUUGCUUUCCUUCCCUCCUCCUCCCACUUCCUGCCUUGGCCGACCGCGCGGGCCGCACCUGCAGGACGCGUUUCCAUUGGUGACAUCUUGGCGGGCCCGUCGGUGGCACUUCCUCCUUUACACCCCGUGACCCACGUCCGGCUCGCCGCCCUCCCAGUCACGCGGCCUCUGCCUCCGGGACGCAGCCCCGCGCGCCGGCCUUCCGGACUCCAGGCCCCGGACCCGUCGUGUUUCAGGUUAAUAACAAAAGGAGAUGCACCUGGUCUUUCCCCGGAAUCCUCUGCGUUUUUAAGCGUCGGGUGGAAUUGGGGGUCUUUUGGCUGUGAACCGCGCUUGCUUCAUGAAGAUAGAAAUCGGUCCUGCUCCUUUCAGCGGACAGUUCGUUACCUGCCUGGAGUGUCUUCGACUGUGGGCAUCCCCCGCUGUUCUUUAAGCCACAAAAAGCUGCAUCCAAGUUUGUUUGACAUCUGCUCUGUCAAGUGUCCAUGAUGUUGGGCCCCGAGGGAGGUGAAGGCUUUGUAGUCAAGCUCCGUGGCCUGCCCUGGUCCUGCUCUGUUGAGGAUGUGCAGAAUUUCCUCUCCGACUGCACAAUUCAUGAUGGGGUUGCAGGCGUUCACUUUAUCUACACUAGAGAAGGCAGGCAGAGUGGUGAGGCUUUUGUUGAACUUGAAUCAGAAGAUGAUGUAAAAAUGGCCCUUAAAAAAGACAGGGAAAGCAUGGGACAUCGGUACAUUGAGGUGUUCAAGUCCCACAGAACCGAGAUGGAUUGGGUGUUGAAGCACAGUGGUCCAAACAGUGCUGACACCGCCAAUGAUGGUUUCGUGCGACUUCGAGGACUCCCGUUUGGAUGCACCAAGGAAGAAAUCAUUCAGUUCUUCUCAGGGUUGGAAAUCGUGCCAAACGGGAUCACAUUGCCUGUGGACCCCGAGGGCAAGAUUACAGGGGAAGCCUUUGUGCAGUUUGCCUCACAGGAGUUAGCUGAGAAGGCUCUAGGGAAGCACAAGGAGAGAAUAGGGCACAGGUAUAUUGAGGUGUUCAAGAGCAGUCAGGAAGAAGUUAGGUCUUACUCGGAUCCCCCUCUGAAGUUCAUGUCAGUGCAGCGGCCGGGGCCCUAUGACCGGCCUGGCACAGCCAGGAGGUAUAUCGGCAUUGUCAAACAAGCAGGCCUGGAGAGGAUGAGGUCUGGUGCCUACAGUGCUGCAGGCUAUGGGGGCUAUGAGGAGUACAGUGGCCUCAGCGAUGGCUAUGGCUUCACCACCGACCUGUUUGGAAGAGACCUCAGUUACUGUCUCUCUGGGAUGUAUGACCAAAGGUAUGGAGAUGGCGAGUUCACUGUCCAGAGCACCACUGGACACUGUGUCCACAUGAGAGGGCUGCCCUACAAAGCCACGGAGAACGACAUUUACAACUUCUUCUCUCCACUCAACCCAGUGAGAGUCCAUAUUGAGAUUGGCCCUGAUGGAAGAGUGACCGGUGAAGCUGAUGUCGAAUUUGCCACUCACGAAGAAGCUGUGGCGGCCAUGUCCAAAGACAGGGCUAACAUGCAGCACAGAUACAUAGAACUUUUCUUGAAUUCCACGACAGGGUCCAGCAACGGGGCAUAUAGCAGCCAGAUGAUGCAAGGCAUAGGGGUGUCAACCCCGUCCACUUACAGUGGCCUUGAGAGCCAAUCCGUGAGUGGCUGUUAUGGGGCGGCGGCUAGCUAUGGUGGCCAGAACAGCAUGAGUGGAUAUGACUAGUUUUGUAGUAGCUUUUGAGUUAUUUCAUCAGAUUUUCACAGGCAGCCAACAAGCAGUGAAAAGCAGUUAUUACUCUAGAGGAAGCUGUGGGACCCAUUUUGCACCAUGAGUUUGUAAAAUCUGGAUUAAAAAAUUACCUCUUCAGUGUUUUCUCAUGCAAACUUUCUUCUAGCAUGUUAUAUUGAGUAAACUAAAACCAUUUUCAGCUUUUCUCAACAUUUUGGUAGUGUACUUUCUGGAGUGAUGUUAUCUGAGUUAAAGUAGUUUUAAGUACGUUAAAUGUGGAUCUUUUACACCACAUCAUCGUGAACACAUUGGGGAGGUGUGCUUUUUUGGAAAACUCAAGGUGCUAGAUCCCUAAUUCAAAGAGGAACAUUUCUCAUGUUUGUUCAUUCUAGUUUAUUUUCAUUUAAAAUCUUUUAGGUUAAGUUUAAGCUUUAUAAAGUUAGUUUUGAAAAUUGAGACACAUUACUAAUACUGUAGGAAUUGGUGAGGCCUUGACUUAAAACUUUCUUUGUACUGUGAUUUCCUUUUGGGUGUAUUUUGCUAAGUGAAACUUGUUAAAUUUUUUUUGUUGACUAAAUUUUUUUCUUAAAAUAAAAAGACUUUUUCACAAUGA